CUUUUAUUUCUUUUUAUCUAUCUCUGAGCAAUAAAAAACCCUAAUUACACCGCGCCCUCUCUUUCCUUUUCUAUAAUUCGCGAAAUCCCAAACCCUAAUUUUGGUGCCCCUCUCUCUCUCUCUCUGUCUCAUGGCUACGGCGCGUGAUGAGAGCGGUUUCGGCACCGGAGGGAAGUUCAGAAAGCGUCCAUUUCGGAGGACUACGCAAUCGACGCCGUACGAUCGCCCUCUCGCAUCGUCGGCGCUCAGGAACCCCGCUAAUGUUAAUCUUAAUAACAAUAAUGGUUGGUUAUCGAAACUCGUUGAUCCAGCCCAUAGACUCAUUGUUUCAAGCGCUUACCGACUAUUCGGCUCUGUUUUUCGGAAACAACUUCCGCCGCCGCCACCUCCACCCCCACGGUCGACAAUGUCUGAACCAGGAAAUCAUGGAGCACGGGACAAGCACCAGGAACUAGUCGCUGCAGAUGAUCCUGGUGUUCAAGAAGCCAUCAAUUGUCAUGAUGGUCCUACAGAUGGUCAUGAUAGAGGGCUUAAUGAACUAGAGCAAAUAUUUAAGCAGAAGACUUUCACAAGAUCUGAGAUCGAUCGAUUGACUGCCCUUCUGAGAUCAAGAACCGUUGGUGAGCCCCUUGACAAUGAGCAGGAUAGGUCUGAAGAGAUCCCUUCAAAUCAGCUGGCAUUUCAUGAGAGGAAGGAGCCAGUAUUAAAUACUCCUGUAAAAGAGAAUGGGAUUGUGCGCACACACAAUUUUAGUCCUGUUGUCGUUGAUGAGGAUGUGGCUUCACCUGCAGAGCUUGCUAAAGCUUACAUGGGAAGUAGGUCUUUUAAAGUAUCCCCGUCAAUGCUAGGUGUGCGCAGUCAGGCAUUAAGGGAAGAGUCAACAGUGCUAAACAACAGUGUGUUACCUUCUGAAGCAGCCAUUAUGUCUCUUGUCCCUCGAUCAUCUGGCCAUGUUGGUGUUACUGAAAAUGGUUAUCUGACUCCUAGAUCCCGUGGCAGAUCUGCAAUAUACAACAUGGCACGAACACCAUAUUCUCAAAUUCACUCAACCACUACCCUCAAGGGUGUUGGGCUUGCAGUUGACUCCCUUAGUAGACUAUCUUCAUCAACACAAGGCAUCUGGGAGAAGAACAGACUUACUGAACCUAAACAAGGGACUCUAAAACGCAGGAGUUCAGUCCUGGACAACGAUAUAGGCUCUGUUGGUCCUAUACGUAGAAUUCGACAGAAGCCCAACCUUCUGACUUCAAGAAACUUAAGCUUGCCAGCCUCUGGAAGUUCUCUCUGUAUGCGUGGAAGUGGUGUUUCAAGUGUUGUUCAACAGCCCUCGUCUUCAAUACAGAAACCGCAAAUAUCUGGGGAAGAGAGGCAUAGAUCUGCAAAAAUGUUAACAGAAAAUGGGGAUAACAACAUCCCUAGAACAAAUUAUACCCCUGUUCAGUCCAAGUCCAGUGAGACAGCUUUUAAAAUACUUCAACAACUUGAUAAGUUGGUUUCUACAAGGGAGAAAUCGCCUACAAAGUUGUCUCCAUCAAUGCUAAAUGGAGCAGCUGCUAAAAGCCUAGAGGAUGUUGAUUCAUCAAAAUUUCUGGAAAAUGUUCAAGAUAAUAAUAGGUCAGGUGGUUCACUCGACACCUUGUUACCUGAUGGUGGAGAUUCUACGUCCCCAAAACAAGAUAAGGUUGAAGAAAAUGGCCCAACCAAGUUUAUUUCUCCUUUUGACAAGUCCGUUUCUGUUCUGAAUGGGUUAGAUGCUACUGGUGUUGUUAAGGAUGAUAUGCCUGGCACAAAAACUACAGAUUCUUCUUUGACAAACUCCAUUGUGCAUCCUUAUCCACAGAAGAAACGAGGUUUCCAGAUGAGUGCUCUUGAGGAUUAUGUGGAGCUAGAUGAUGAUUAUUCUAAUGGGACUGCGUCUACUCCUUUGAUGAAAGGUCAGGAUAAACUGGAUGUUCCUGUGGUUGAGAAUAAGUCUGAUGCUGAUGAAGUGAUUGCAGUGGAGAAGGCUCCAGCUCUUUCUGAAGUUAAGACCUUAAAUUCUGUUUUUAACAAGGUGUCCGAUAUUGGAACUAAUGAUGGAUCUGUAGUGGCUGAAAAGAACUCUCUAUUUACAUUCCCGACUGCACCUUCCUCUGCCAUUACUGGACUGAAAACUGUGGUAGCUACUUCAUCAGCCCUGAAUUCUGAAAAAGCAAUUUUACCAAAUGAACCAAGUGGUGCUCCUAUAUUUGGCUUUGGGGAGAAAUUUGAUUCACUAAAGGAUUCAAAUGUUGUUUCUCCCUUGUUUGGAACUAGCAAAACAAAUGUCGAUAAAGCACCACAAUUUACUAUUAAAUCUGAUACAUUAGUAGUUAAUGAAUCUUCGACACCUAAAUUUGGCACUCAUUUGGAAGAAAAGCCAGAAAGCUUAAAAAGCUUUACUUCUGUUCCCGUUGUUGCAAAUGAUUCUGUACCAGAAGUGCAUAAAUCGGAUAAAGCUGACAAUGGAACUGUUCCAGAAGCUGAAAUCUUUUCUAGAACACCUGAAACAGCACUUCCUUCAGCUGCAUCUACAUCAUUGUCAUCAGCUAGUAUAUUCUUCCAAUCGGCUAGUAGUGCAAGUUUAAACAAUGGCUCACUUGCUUCAAGUCCAACUUCAACCUCUUCCCUCAUUCCCCUUGUUUCCAGCACUGGCAUCAAUCAGAACUCAUCUAGUAGUGCUAAUUCAGUUUCUUCUUUCAGCCACAGUACCUCUCUCACAACCUCUACACCAACUGCAACACCUUCCAUGGCUGCUUCUGCGCCUGUUUUCAAGUUUGGAGCAUCUGCAGUCGCACCCAUCUCAGUUUCACCAACGUUGGCUCCGUCUGGUGUUGAAUCAACAGAACAGAAGAUCAAGGAGCCCAACUUUGGUAAUUCUACUAGCAUGCUUUUUGGGGGUACAUCAACUUUUGGAAGCACGGGAAGUAGCACUUCCAGUGGCACAUCGUUGGCUGCAAUUGGCCUAGGAAGCAUUUUUGGCAGUACGCCAUCAACAAGCAAUGGAAGUAGCAUUUUUAGUGCUGUAACUCCACCUAUUGCAAGCACUGCAAGUGGUAUUUUUGGUGGUACAUCUUCUGCAAUCUCAAGCACUGGAAGUGGUAUCUUUGGUGGUGCAUCUUCUGCAAUCUCAAGCACUGGAAGUGUUAUUUUUGGAUUCAGUGCUGGAUCUACUUCAGCUUCUACCAAUGCUCAAGUUUCUAACCCUUUUAGUGUUGGUAGUGCUCAGGCAUCUGUUAAUGUGACUGGUGUUUCAACUUCAACUCAGAGCAUGCCUAAUCAGUUUGGAUCAACUACAUCAUCUACGUCAUUUGGAUUGGCUGGGAAUCCUGCCUUUUCGUCUGGCAGUUCUUUAUUUGGCUCAACUUCUGUGGCUAAACCUUUUGGUUCAACUCCUACAUUUGGAUUGAAUUCCACUUCUUCAUCAGAAGCUAACUCAAUCAGCUCCAGCAGUGGCCCUACUAACAAUGUUUUUGGUUCCAGUUGGCAAGCCCCUAAGACUCCUUCAUUUGCUUCAGCAUUCAGCUCUUCAUCUCCCUCGACUGGAUUUCAGUUUGGUGCAUCAGCUUCGUCUGCUGCAACUUGCAGUGCUCCUUUGUUUGGGUCAUCUGCGAAUACCUCAUCAAGUUCCAUUUUUCCAUUUUCUUCAGCUGCAGCAGCCACUGUAUCCCAACCUGCCUUUGGUAACAUGGGUUCUGUAUUUGCAUUUGAUUCCACUCCCUCAAAUAAUAAUAAUGAUCAAGUGGGUAUGGAAGACAGCAUGGCUGAGGACACAGUUCAAGCAUCCACUCCAGUUCCUGUGUUUGGUCAACAACCAGUGACACCUUCCACUGGCUUUGCCUUUGGUACAACUCCAUCAGGAGCAAAUCCUUUCCAAUUUGGAAGCCAACAGAGUCUGGCCACCCCCCAGAACCCAUGUCCAUUUCAGGCGUCUGGUAGUGUAAACUUCAAUACUGGAGGAGGUAGCUUCUCAUUGGGCAGCACUGUUGACAAGUCUCAAAGAAAAAUCGUGAGAGCCAAGAGCAGGCACAGGAAGAAGUAAAUACAACAGUUCUGACAUGUAAUUUGGUUUCUUUUAGGAGGCCAUGGCUUUUUCCAAUGCCGAAAAACAAAUAAUUAUGGAUGAGAUUAACAGCAUGAGCUUUCCCGGUGGAUUCGUCACCUGGAAUUGUUUGGUGCUGGCAAGUAUAGUUUCAGGCACUGCAGGAUCUUCAAAUACGUCAGAUUAUUUCUCCCCUUUACAACUUUCUUCUGGGCAAAAAUUUAAUGUUUGCACUGCCAGGUAUGAGUUGUCACAAUUUUGUAACAGUCUUAUUAGCAAAAUCUAAGUAUAUUUGUGGUGUAUUUUAGUUGAUGGGGUUUUCAGGUUGGGCGGUUUUGCCUUGGAUGCUUUUCUGUACUCUUAUGUGUAUCAUAAAAGAAAUGGAUAUGAAUUUUAUCCUCUGUUCUCGCA